AUGAUAACGUUACGCUUCCUUGCCGUGGCGCUGGCCACAUGUCUGCCAGCAACUGCGUACGGCCAAGAACUCGAGCAAUUACAACAACUACAACAAAGACAACAAGAACAACACAACCUCCAGGCCCGACAGGCGAUCGUCACCACAAGCUGCCACGACUACCAAUUAUUCAUCGCCCGCGGCAGUGACGAGCCGUACCCGGGGCGCGCGGCCAGCCUGAUCCGCGACGUGUGCGGCAAGCUCACCAAGGACGGCAAGGUCACGUGCGGCUACGAGGACAUAAUCUUCAAUGCCAACGUCAGCUCGGCGCCGCCGCCGGCGUACUGCGUCUCGACGGCCGAGGGUUCGGCAAACGGGCAGCAGCAGAUGAAGACGUACGCCAGCAGAUGCAAGGAUUCCAACCUUAUUUUGAUUGGGUAUUCGCAGGGUGGGAUUGUUGCGCAGGAUGUGAUGGGUGGUGGUGGUGGACCCCUUUUUGAGUGUGACCAAGCUACCAAUGGCCCAUUUAAAAAGACCGAGUCACCCGGAUCACAAAUCGUUGCAGCUCUAACCUUUGGCUCGGUCCGCCACACCCCAAACCAACCCUUCAGCUUCGGGCCGGGCUCCGCCUUUCCGGGCGUGCGGCCGCGGGACGGCGACCAGCUCAAGAACCUCAAGGAGUACGAGGACCGGUACCGGGACUGGUGCAACUCCAACGACCCCAUCUGCGCCGUCGGCUCCAAGCCCGUCAUCGUGGCGAACCACCUCAACUACUUUGAGGUCUUUGCCGAGGAGGCCGCCACCUGGCUGGCCGAGACGGCGGUCAAGAACAGCAAGCAAAAGAGCGGCGGCGGUGGCGACGAUGGUGGUGCGUCAAAGUCGUCGUCUGCAGUCGACAAGCCUACCGGGGCGUCCGCUGCCGAGACGGCAUCCUCGACCGGGCAGGCUGGCUCGGUCACGACGCCCACUGCCGGCCCGCAAAAGGAUGGUGGGCAGAAGGACGGCGGGCAGGACAAGCCCGAGGAAAAGUCCGGCGCGGGGAGGAGUAGGGCCGAGCCGCUUUUGGCAUCGGCGCUCUGCGUGCUUGUGACUUUUGCCAUGUCUUUCUAG